UUUUAAAUGCGAGCUGGACUGGAAAUAGUUCUAUCAUUCUUUAUCUUCAAGCGCCCAAGUAUGAUCCUAAAAGAUUUAAUGACAAAAUAGUUGCACCUGCAGCACUUGGCCACUUUACUUUGAAUCCUAAGAAUGGAGAUCAAUAUAGGUUUACCACGGAAGCAUAUUUUAUAAAUGGUUAUGAUGAAUCAACUACCGGUACCGCGUAUGAAGGUGCUAAUCCAGUAUAUGUGGAGUCCAAAUAUGAUGACAGUUAUAACAUUCAGC